UUGGAUGUCUAUGGAAGAAGUCAUUAUGCCUGUUAAUACAUUUACUUGUGUGUGCUGGGGUGCCUGAAAUCAUGCCAGCUACACAAUGGCAUUUACCCUUCAUCGUGGAGGUUCUUCUGCGGGUAACCUUGUACAUCCUCUUUAGGGUGACAGAUGAUGCUGAACCAUUUCACAGGAAGAUUCAGCCUGAGGAAAUGUGGCUGUACAAAAACCCCAGAACUGACAGUUAUGUUCCCACUCGUCUUCUCUGGACAUUUGUGUUUGGCUGCCCUGCUCUUGUUAUAGGCGUAUUCUACCUGAUAAGAAGAGAUAUAAAAGAUGUUAUACAAGCAACUUUAGGUGUGACAUUAUCAAUAUGGCUGACUGGUACAGUCACAAAUUGUAUAAAGCUGGGAGCAGGCAGGCCCCGUCCAGACUUUUUCUACCGCUGCUUCCCAGAUGGACAUUAUGUAGAGGAAAUGAAAUGCACAGGUUCCCCAGAUGCCAUACGGGAUGGCAUGAAGAGUUUUCCCAGUGGGCACUCAUCAUUAUCAUUCUCUAGUCUGAUGUACACGUUCCUGUACCUGGCAGGGAAGUUGCACUGCUUCACUUGGCGGGGACGGGGUCAGUCCUGGAGGCUUUGCCUCUCCCUGGCGCCUCUGCUCAUCGCCACUAUGAUAGCUGUGUCUCGCACAGCAGACUAUCAUCAUCACUGGCAAGAUGUACUCAUUGGCUCGUUGUUGGGGAUCUGUAUAGCCUACCUGUGUUACCACCAGUUCUAUCCUGCUAUCAACAAGAACAACUCUCACUUGGCCUAUGUGCAGAUAACGCCUGCACUGGACAAGAUAAAGCCAGCGACAGAAGUUAUCCCUUCUGGAGAGCUAUCUCCCCCUGCUGUAUCUCCCCCUAUUCAAUCUACACUCAUUGACUUCAGCUCAGGUCUGAAGCAUGUAUGACUGGUUUUCCUUGGGAUGGGCUAAUGAAAAAUCAACUGGUGCUUUUUUAACGUCAAUUUUGUCACCUUUUUAAUUUCCUCUCAGCUCCUAGUGCUGUGCUUCAUUCUACGCCAUUAGGGUUGGAUUAUAAUUUCCAUGAAUUUUAAAAUGUGACUGUAAAUACAUGUACAUGACUAACAUGUUCAUUUUUCCUGUUUCUGGGAUUGAUAUUGAUCGUAGAAAGGUGUUUUGAGAUUGUUCUGAACAUAUAGGAUAAUUUCCUACUGGGAGGAUGUAAGUAUCAGCAGCAAAGUAAUAUUUUAUGACCAUUAAUUAACUAUGGAAAUGCACUUUUGUGGGUGAAAUUUUAUGUCAUUUACCUUAUAUUUUUAUACAGUGUAUGUGACAUAAAAUUUUGUCCAUGAUUAAAUUGCUGGUUUUUCCCAAUUCUGAGAUUUUUGUUGAUCUUGAGGGGGUUUUUUGUUUUGUUUUUUGAAGGUAAGAUGGUGUCCUGCCAGAGAACUUGUUCAGUACUAAAAACAAUA